AUGAUGUGGGGAGCACAGUCUCAUCUGUUCCCAGCACUCCUACCCCUUGGCCCUGCAGACAGCCGGAUGGAGCAGGGCACUCUGCCCCAGCAGGGAAGUUGCGUGUGGCCCGUGGCCAUGAGCUGCCACAGUGAGCACCACUCGCAGGGGUCCCUGUUGGCGUCCCUGCUGCUCAUGCAGUUAGCCAGUUGCCACAGCUGCUUGUCAUCUGCAAAAAAACUGUUUGCCAAUUUUCAGAGCCCAGAUUCCUGUUGGCUACUAAAACUUGAAGGGAGGGUGGUUAGUAUUUCUCUUCUUUCCAAAAUAACCUGA